ACCGACCUUCAUCUCGGGCCAGUACCACCAUGUUUUCUCGGGCGGGCGUCGUUGGGGUCUCGGCCUGGGCCGUGCAGCCGCAAUGGAUCCAAGUUCGAAAUAUGGCAACUUUGAAAGAUAUUACCAGGCGACUAAAGUCAAUCAAAAACAUCCAGAAAAUUACCAAGUCUAUGAAAAUGGUAGCAGCAGCCAAAUAUGCCCGAGCAGAGAGGGAACUCAAGCCAGCUCGAGUGUACGGAGUAGGAUCUCUGGCUCUGUAUGAAAAGGCUGAUAUUAAGGGGCCUGAAGACAAGAAGAAACACCUCCUUAUUGGUGUGUCCUCAGACAGAGGGCUCUGUGGGGCUAUCCACUCCUCGGUUGCUAAACAGAUCAAAAAUGAGGUGGCUACGCUCACAGCAGAAGGGAAAGAAGUUAAGAUUGUCGGAAUUGGUGAUAAAAUCAGGGGUAUACUUCAUAGGACUCAUUCUGACCAGUUCCUGGUGACAUUCAAAGAAGUGGGAAGAAAACCCCCUACUUUUGGAGAUGCGUCAGUCAUUGCCCUGGAAUUAUUAAAUUCUGGAUAUGAAUUUGACGAAGGAUCUAUUGUCUUUAAUCGAUUCAGGUCUGUCAUCUCCUACAAGACAGACGAAAAACCCAUCUUUUCCCUUAAUACCAUUGCAAGUGCUGAGAGCAUGAGCAUCUACGAUGAUAUUGAUGCUGACGUGCUGCAGAAUUACCAAGAAUACAGUCUGGCCAACAUCAUCUACUAUUCUCUCAAGGAAUCCACCACGAGUGAGCAGAGCGCCAGGAUGACAGCCAUGGACAACGCUAGCAAGAAUGCUUCUGAGAUGAUUGACAAAUUGACUUUGACUUUCAACCGCACUCGCCAAGCUGUCAUCACAAAGGAGUUGAUUGAAAUCAUCUCGGGUGCUGCGGCCCUGAAUUAAGGAAAAUCAAGUUUCAUCCUCAGACAAGAGGUAAAGAAGGAAAAUUCAGCCAGCUAAUUUUGUUUUUGGCUUACUGCUGUCCUGGUCAGAAGAAAUUAUUGGAGUAAUUGUUAAAUUACCAAAGGCGGCAAGACAUUUGUAAAUUAUCUUACAAUAAAACCUUACAAUAAGAAAAAAAAAA